AUGGUCGUCAGCACAGAUCCAAAGGCUGAGAGCCUCUACUUAUACACCCCCAGCCACAUCUUGCCCGCUAUAUUUGCAGCCUUAGUCGGCCUGUCUUUCUUACUACAUGCUUAUCAGAACUACCGCUACCGAUUCUGGCGUGUCACAUUCUUCCUCUGCUGGGGUGGUGCGGUCUUCACAGCUGGCUGGGUCAUGCGCUGCAUAUCCAGUUACCACCCCGACAACCUAAACCUCUACAUAGCAUCAAGCAUCUUUAUCUAUGCCGGCCCACCAAUUUACUCAGCAGCCGCAUACAACAUCGUGGGCCGACUAAUGAACUACCUCCCAAUGCACGCCCUCCUAAACCCAAACCGAGUCUUGAUCUUCUUCGUCUACCUAGGAGCAGCCGUGGAAGCAAUGACAGCCGCAGGCGCGGCCAAAAACUUAACAGCAAAAGGCGAUAAAGAAGAAUUCAAGACUGGCGGCGCACUCAUCGCCGCCGGUCUAGUUCUCCAAGCUGCAGUCGAAUGUUGCGUCAUUGGAGUCGUGGCAACAGUCCACGCCCGCUGCUCGAAGACCCGUAUGCUCUCACCUAACGUCCGCAUUCUCUGCAUAACACUCUACGGCACUUCAACUCUCGUUCUGCUGCGGUGUAUCUUCCGCGCAGUCGAAGCCUUCGAGAUGUUCGAUAAGAUCGGUUGCAGAGAGAACUGCGGUCCAAUCCUCAGCCAUGAGUGGUAUCUCUAUGCCUUUGAGUUGGGACCCAUGCUUGUCUUUACUUGGUGGAUGAAUGCGCUUCAUCCUGGUCGCAACUUGCCUCGUCAGAAGACCCGUUACCUCAGUCCUGAUGGUCGUACUGAGCGAGUCGGACCCGGUUGGAUUGAUCGGAGGUCUACUUGGGAGACCUUUGCUGACCCGCUUGACCUUGGUGGUAUGAUCAAGGGUACACCUUCUCAUGAAGAGUAUUGGUUGAGGGAGGAGCAGUGGCCCGUUUGUAAGGAUGGGAGCUUUGCUGCUGGGACUGCCACUAAUAAGAGGGCUGUGGUGGGGGACGAAAAGGAGCUUGCUCCUCUCAGUCCUAAUGUUUAA